AUGGCCAACAACAAGAAUGCCAGGACUUACUUCGCACCAGCAGGCGGACUGCCGCCGCAGACGCAGCUUCUCACCGACCGCGCCAUGUUCACCGAGGCAUACGCCGUAAUUCCAAAGGGCACAUUCAGUGACAUCGUGACGAGCCUCCUGCCCUUCUGGGACAAGACGAGACUGUGGGUGAUUGCCCGUCCGUUGUCAGGCUUCGCGGAAACCUUUUCGCAGUACAUCAUGGAAGUACAGCCGGGCGGCGGCAGUGACCGCCCCGAACUGGACCAAGGGGCAGAAGGCGUGCUGUUCGUGGUAGAGGGAAGCGUGACCAUCACAAUGGCAAAGGAGACACAUGUGCUUGCUGAGGGCGGCUACGCCUAUCUGCCACCGAAGAGCCUCUGGACUCUGCGCAACGCGGCCGCGGCGACGGCCCGGUUCCACUGGAUACGCAAAGCCUACGAGUAUGUGGACGGGCUGGAUGCGCCCGAGCCUCUGUUCCUCCACGAAGCCGACAUGACGCCCUCGGCCAUGCCGGGCACAAACGGUGCGUGGGCAACAACGCGCUUCGUCGACCCCUGCGAUCUCCGUCAUGACAUGCACGUCAACGUUGUCACGUUUGAGCCGGGCGGUGUCAUCCCGUUCGCGGAAACCCACGUUAUGGAACACGGACUCUAUGUUCUGGAGGGCAAAGCUGUCUACCGCCUGAACCAGGACUGGGUCGAGGUCGAAGCGGGCGACUUCAUGUGGCUGCGUGCCUUCUGCCCGCAGGCCUGCUACGCUGGCGGCCCUGGCAAAUUCCGCUACCUGCUCUACAAGGAUGUGAACCGUCACAUGAAACUAUCGCGAUAG